AUGGAUUUCUUCCGCGGAUUGCAGAGAAUGAAGUUCUCGGACCCAAUGCAAUUGAUUGCCGAAGCCAUGCUUGACCGGAUGGAAGACCUGCUUCCACAGUCCACCGAAAUCAGCAGAGAGAACUUGAAGCAGGCAAUGCAGUGUGCAGCGCAUCUUCUUACCGUUCUGCGAGCACUGACGACGCCUCAGCGUCAGAAGUGGGUGUCCAUGCUGGUCAGAGCCCUCCAAAUUGAGCAGGACAAAGUGCAAGAUAUGCUGAUGUCUGACCUGAAGAUCCUGCGGCGAGUUGACGACGAUCCCUAG